UACAACCUUGAAGCAGAAAUAGAUUUUAAUUGUAACUGUCCGAGGAAAAUGGGCGCAAAACCUUCAAAGGAAAAACCAGUCUCAAUAAAAAAAGAAAAAGCUCAUGUUCACAACAAUGGGCACAGCGAAGAAUCUGUACUAACCAAUCGAUCCGAAUGGCAUUCCUUUACGGAUAAACUAAUGACUGAUUUUGUUAUAAGAGUUGAAGAUUAUAUAUUUCACGUACAGAAGGAUUUAAUAAUGUAUCAUAGUUCAAUUCUGCAAGAUUUCUUGAACCAAAAUUCUAUAAGCAUGAUUACACUGAUCAAUAUUGAACCCGAGACCUUGAAAGUAAUUUUACACUACAUGUAUACCUCACAUUUGAAAAUAAAUUGCCAGAAUAUGACGGAAGUAUACAGAGCCGCAGGAAGUUUGCGCAUAAAAGAAAUCAUGGCAAAAUGCAUUCAGAUAAUGAGAUCGAAAACUUCUAGUGCAGAUAUUUAUAAAUAUACUACCGCAUGGACACUUGGAGUGGACUGCGCUAAAUACGACUCUCUUUUGAAGAUAUUGAGCAAUUUAGAAAGAUGUACAGCUGAUAAAGAGUUUAUGAAUUUGCAUGUGGAACAAGUUUGUGAAAUAUUCACAGCAGCGGGUCUUGAUUGGACGAAUACAAAAAUAAAAAGCUUCUAUCAGUUAUUCCUGGCGGGUUUGAAAUGGAUAGAUUUCGAUCGAGAAGAAAGAUUUCAGCAUACUAUUUUAGUCAUGGGAAGCAUCCCAUUCAAAAAGAUGUCUCAUCAGGAAUUGCUUCUGUGCCUGAAUCCACCUUUUGCAAAAUAUGUUGCCAUUCUGCCUGGAGUAAAAGCUAUAAUCCACGCUGCUUUGUCAUAA